UCGCCAGCCACUCUAUCCUUAUGUAACGCGAUGUCGCGAGUGCGUUGAGUGCGAUAUUGUGCCAACAUGGCCGGGAUUGUGCCGUAUACUCGCGGAAAUGCGCUCCGACAAGUUUUACGGGUCAGAGCGGUGCACACUACGGCGGUGCGGGAUGCCGAGGCUAGGCUCAAAACCUUCUCCGUGUAUCGCUGGAACCCGGACAAGCCAGAGGAGAAGCCGUACAUGCAGAAGUACAAGGUCGAUCUGAACAGCUGUGGUCCAAUGGUGCUGGAUGCAUUGAUCAAGAUUAAAAAUGAGAUUGAUCCGACACUGACAUUCCGUCGUUCUUGUCGCGAGGGUAUCUGUGGAUCUUGUGCUAUGAAUAUCGGUGGAACAAACACGCUGGCGUGUAUCAGCAAAAUUGACACGAACACAAGCACCUCGUGUGAUGUUUAUCCGUUGCCACACAUGUAUAUCGUCAAAGACCUGGUGCCAGAUCUGAAUAAUUUUUAUAAUCAGUAUCGCAGUAUACAGCCUUGGCUACAGCGUGACAGCACUGAGAAAGUUGGUAGCGAACAGUAUUUGCAGAGCAUAGAAGACCGCAAAAAGUUGGAUGGUCUCUACGAGUGCAUUCUCUGCGCUUGCUGCAGCACUUCCUGCCCGUCCUAUUGGUGGAACGGCGACAAGUACUUAGGCCCAGCGGUACUCAUGCAAGCUUACAGAUGGAUCAUUGACUCACGAGAUAGCCACGCGAAGCAGCGCUUGGAAAAGCUGAAAGAUCCAUUCUCGGUUUUCCGCUGUCACACAAUUAUGAAUUGCACGCGUACCUGUCCAAAGGGUCUGAAUCCGGGGAAGGCGAUCGCGGAGAUAAAGAAAAUGUUGGCGAGCGUCCAAUACGGGAAAACGCCGAAUGUAGGCACUGCAUCUCCGUAGUAGUCAAGGGAAAUUUGGAAGGCGAAAGUGAGAAAUUUGUACAUCCAUGUGUUACAUCAUCGUCUGCAGCGAAUGCGUGUGAGUCUGUCGAGGUAGCGGGAUUAAAUGUUCUUGGAGGCCGAGAGGUCGGUCGCACUCUACGUGUGAAUAAAACAGGCUUCCUAAGUGAAGUUGCGUGAA